AUGGAAGAAGAAGCAUCAUCAAGCAUGCUAUCUAAUGCCAAAAUUGAGAUCACAAAUCAAGAAACUUCAGAUUCAUUUGAUAGCCAUUAUAAUAACAAUAACCAUUUGUUUCACAUCAACAAACGUCCGAGACUAAUCGAAAACAACAACAACAUUAACGUAGCGAAAUUCAAAGGCGUUGUUCCGCAGCAAAAUGGACAUUGGGGUGCACAAAUAUACGCAAAUCAUCAAAGAAUUUGGUUAGGAACAUUUAAAUCAGAGAAAGAAGCAGCAAUGGCGUAUGAUAGCGCGGCGAUCAAGCUUCGAAGUGGAGAUUCACAUAGAAAUUUUGCAUGGACUGAUAAGAACAUUUUAGAACCCGGGUUUCAAACCCAGUUUAGCACAGAUUCGAUAUUGAACAUGAUAAGAGACGGGUCGUAUCAGCCCAAAUUCGCGGAUUUUCUUCGAUCACAAUCAAGAAAACAAGAAGCGGCAUCAGCCGGUGCAAGUUGUUUUAACAACAAUCAAACAAAAGUUGAGCAUGGCCAAUUUUCAUGCAUACAGCUUUUCCAAAAGGAACUAACACCAAGUGAUGUAGGUAAGCUUAAUAGACUUGUCAUACCUAAGAAAUUUGCAGUGAAGUAUUUUCCUUAUAUAAGUGGAAAUAAUAACAACAAUGGUGAAGAAGAAGAAGAAAACAACAAUAACAAUAAUAAGACGAUGACCGCGCAAUCAAUAGACGAUAUAGAGCUCGUAUUUUACGACAGAUUAAUGAAGUGUUGGAAGUUUAGGUAUUGUUAUUGGAGAAGUAGCCAAAGUUUUGUAUUUACAAGGGGAUGGAAUAGGUUUGUGAAGGAGAAAAAUUUGAAGGAAAAAGAUAUAGUUACAUUUUAUGCAUGUGUAUGUCCAGAUAGGGUACAAGAAGGUGAACAUUUUUCAUUGAUUGAUAUAAGUUAUUGCACUGGAUCAGAACGGUCAUGUAGUGUUGUUGUUGAUGGGAUUAACCAAAUUGAGGAGAUGCAAAAAGAACUUGAGUUGAAAUUGGGUCAAACUAUUAGAAGCAGAAUUUUGCCUAAGGAUGAUUAUGUGAAGCUUGGAGAGAAUAUUAAUGGGUUGAAAAGCUUGGAAUCAAAUAAUAAUAAUAAUACAAAGGGGAAAGGAUUGAAGCUUUUUGGUGUACGGAUUGACUGA